UUUGGGGCCAUGCGGCUGGCGAUGUGCCGGCACUGAGGCUGGGGGUGGGGUUUGCACCUCAUCCUGGGCGCUCUGGGAGGGAGGGAGACAGUCAGGUAGGGACUUGGGGUUAACAGUGCAGAAACUCACUUGCCCUUAAUUUGAAAAGAGAUCUGCCAGAGGGAUAUGGGGGCGCUCCCAGAUCAGCAGGACCAGGCCUUGGGAAGGGAAGGCCCUGAGGCCCGGGGGCCGGCAGUGAGCCGUGACUUCGCGUCCAUGUGUCACUUUUGUCCAAGACCCAGUUUCAGCACUAGGCGUGCCUCGCUUCCCUCACUGUGCCCCACGUGCGCCCCUUGGCGGGGACGCGGCACGGAGGUGAGUUCUACUGGUCCGUCCUACGAGGACGAAGAGGAAACUUUCCCAAACAGAAGCUGAGACACUGUCACUGAAACAGGGAUGUGCUCACCUGGGUAUUACCAGCCCCACUUUACAGAUGAGAAGACCAAGGUCAGAGAGGCCAGUGUGCAGGCACCUUGCCCAAAGUUAAGCUGAGGCUGUGGUUCAAAGGGUGCUUUCUGACUCUGAAGUCUAAUUUCUUUCUAGUGUGCAUCUGGGAUGGGAGCGGCUGCAGGGAACAAAGGACCAGCUGCAGAGGGCGUUGCACCCGGGCUGGAGCGGCUACCCAGGGGGCUGUGGGCUCAGCCAGAUGGGCAAAACCAGCCCGAGAGCCAAGGAGGAGCCAGUUGCUGGCCUGGAGGACAUCAGCCGUUCCUGGAGGGCAAAGCACAGAGCGCUGGGUCUGGAGGUUUACGGUUUGUGGCAACUAUUUUGUACUUUGGAGCUUCCUCUGAUACCGGUUUUGGCAGUGAUGGAAAGCCGCAGCAUUCGGGUGAACGGAGAAGAAAUGGAGAGGACUUCAGCACUUCUUGGGUCUCGUCUCAAGGAAUCGGAGCAGGGAGCUCAUUUUGUGGCAGGAGAACAGUUUCUUAAAACAAGUAAUAAUCAGCUUCGAGAGUUAAACGCCCUGCAAGAUCUUCAUCCGUUACCCAAGAUAAUUUUGGAAUAUAGGCGGGUUCACAAGACCAAGUCAGCCUUCGUGGAUGGAUUACCAGCUCGCAUGAAAAAGGGCUCCAUUUCCUGUACGUGGAAUCAGACAGGAACUGUGACUGGAAGACUUUCAGCGAGGCGCUCGAAUAUUCAAGGUAUCUCCAAGCACCCAAUUCGGAUUACUAAACCGCAGUAUUUUAAAGGGAAGGAGCGGCUUGCUGCUUGCCUUGGAAUUACUGUGCCGGAAGCUGCCCAGUUUUUGGAGACUUUUUUGCAGAAGUACAAGAAAAUCAAGGACUUUGCCCAAACAACUGUUGCCCAGGGUCACCAGACAGGUGAGCCAGACACAACCAGAGCCUGUGAGGGCCCUCCCUCCCCCGCUUACCCGAAGUCCCCACUGGUUGCCAGCCCUGCUCACUUGGGGGGUGGCAGACAGACAGGAGGGCACCGGGGGAGCGCCCAGCCCCUGCUGGAAAAUGGGGCCACAAGGCUCCGUGUGACAAGGGUCCAGAGCCAGGAUGUGCUUGAGGCCAUCUUGAGUCAGAAAAUGAUAGAUGGAUAGAGAUGAAAUCCUGUACCUGAAAGUGAAGAACAUGCCUUCUUAUGUGCGUGGUAUAUUUACAAAAUUUCAGCACAAGUUGGUCACAAAUGCAAAAGGAUGUCAGGUAGAAGAUGUCGUGUGGCCACAGUGGAACUCAAAGGUAGCUUGUAUCCGGACAUGUGGCCAUCCGC